AUGGAAGAGGGAACUCCCGGGGGUGAAGGAGGAGCGCCGGCACCCGUCGAAACAACCGACGACAAAAAAAUAGUUCACACGUAUCCCCUAGUCAAGACAUGCGACAUGCCCGAGGAAAUGUGGACGGAAGUCAUGGAAUUGAUCGUCACGGGUUGCGAAAAAUUUUCAAGCAAUUACGAACUCGCGUCCAAACUCAUUAAGCAAGGGCUCGAUCAAAGGUUCGGACCUCCCUGGAACAUCGUCGUCGGAGAAGCCUACGGAUUCGAAAUCACUUAUCUCGUCGGAAGUCUCAUGCUCAUGUACACGGGCGGAAACAUUGCUUGCAUAUGUUGGAAAGCUCCCUGA